GAAUAGUCAUUGGGUUACAUUGUGUUGCAUAGAGCUGCUGCUUAUCUGUUUAUUGGUUCCAUCAAUACCGCAGUUGACCGCAGUGUAUAUAUAGGUUGGAUUUAAAUAACAUUUACUUAACCUAUAUGUUUCAUGCUUUGGGAAAGUGUUAGUUGGUGUUAGUAAGUGUUAAUAUCAGUUAAUAUAUUAAUAAUGGCCAAGGAAUUAUUAUUAACGUCACAGCUGCAGAACUCUCAACAAGUUUCUUGUUGUUUCUGGGAUUACAGCAAUGGAAAUGUAUUGCAAGUAUACAAAAAUGGAGGCAGUGUUCCAAAGAAGUCCAUGUGCCUAUUGGGAAAUGAUUUCUUAAUCACAGCAGAACAUACCAAACCUUUGCUUCACAUAUGGCCUUUGAAUAAUCAAGAGCCCUUGAAGAAUGUGAGGCUAGUAACACCAGAGCCUGUAAAUGCUCUGGCAGUAUGUCCAAGAAAUACUUAUCUGGCUGUUGGUAUAAUGUCCAAAUUAUAUAUAUGGGAGUUGUGCUCAGGUAAACUACUAUCAGUGCAGCAGAUCCACUAUCAACCAAUAACAUGCAUACAAUUUUCAAAUAGUGGAGGCUAUUUAGUUGUAACUGGAGAGGAUGGAUUAAUUGUUACAUACAAUAUAUUGGAUUUAAUUAAUAUUAAAUACAAACAUAAGGCCCAAAGUGAAUUAGGUCAAGUUGAUCCUUUAUAUAAAAGGAUGGAUCAUGCUCUCCCUAUUCAUGAUCUACAUAUUGGAAAGUUUUCAUUCAAAUCUCGUUUUGCAACAGUUUCAAGUGACCAAACAUUAAGAUUAUAUCAGUUGAGUGAUGGUGAGUUACUGUUAACACUCAUCUUUAACUCUGCCCUAACAGCACUAUGCUUUGAUGCACCAUUUUUCAAUGCAUUUGUUGGAAAUCAGGAAGGUUUAAUUUCCAUGUUUGAUUUGACUUCAUCACCAAGAUCAUUAGAACAUCACGUGGAAGAAAGCACAUUAAAUUUUGUUGGACAUAAAGGAAAAGUGACAUGCUUAGAAACUAAUUUAUUCAAUAACAGAUUGGCCUCUGCAUCAGAGGAUCUUAAUAUAUUUAUUUGGGAACUGAAGAGCAGGCAAAUUUUAAGGAAAAUUGAAUUGAAAAGUGUACCCAGCAAUUUGAAGUUUGUCCUUACCAGUGAGGAGAUGUUUUGUCAAAACCACAAGCCAAAUAUUGUGAUAAACAGUUUGGAGAGGAGUUUGGAAACUGAUUUGAAUGAUACAGUUGUGUCCACCUUGCAGAAUGAUACUAGAUGUGUCAGAGAAUCAUGGAUUAAGAGAAGGGACCAAGAAGAGCAAGAUAAUAUUGAAGAUUUGAGAGCACAGAUUAUAACAAUUAAAAAGCACAAUAUUGAAUUGUUUACACAGUUAAAAAUGUAUCAGAAAUUAAAUAUUUAAAUCUUUUUUUAUUUGUUUGAUAUGUUUAUGCUAUUACUGAUGAACUGUAUCCAUUCGUCAUUGAUUUAUUGUUUGAUGCUU